AUGUUUGAAUCUUUUUCAUUAUUUAUAGAAACUAAUGAGUUAGACAUCGAUAGUAAUAUCAAAAUAACUAUCGGAAAUCAUUUGCGAUCAUUGUAUGAUACGUUUGAAGAUUAUUAUCCAGUGAAUCAAGAUCCACGAGACGGAUAUUUAUGGGUACAAAAUCCAUUUUUAACAAACUCUCAACAUAAAUUGUGUUUAAGAGAACAAGAACUUUUGUUAGAGAUAUCAUCAGAUUUUGGUCUACAAUCUAAAUUUAAAACAAUGUCUGUUACCAAAUUUUGGAUUGAAGUCAAGGACGAGUAUUACGUGCUUUUUGAAAAAGCAAUGAAAAUUCUUCUUCCAUUUUCUUCGACAUAUCUGUGUGAAGCUGGAUUUUCCGGAAUGACCCACAUAAAAACCAAAACUAGAAAUAGGCUCGAUGCCACACAUAGUUUACGUGUGGCUUUGACAACUACAGUGGAACCAAGAUUCGAUAAAAUUGUCAAAACAAAACAAGCACAACGCUCUCAUUAA